CAGUGGGGGUGCGUAGACUUCUUUCAGUAAGACUGUGAACUGCACACUCACAAUACCGUACAAGAAACGAAAAUAAUUUACAGGCCUACACUUUGCAUUCUUGUUUAGGGUUCAGAGUGGAGUAACGUAUUCUGGUGCUAAGGUAUUCCAAAGCCUGCCAUCUAAUAUAAAGAAAGAAAUUGAGAAUCGCAAUAAGUUCAGUGGAAAAUUAGAAACUUACGUAAUAAGCCACUUUUUUAACAGAUUAACUAUGUAGUUUCAGGGAUUUAAAUAUUCUAUUAGCAGCGUACAAGGAAUGUUCUGUAAACAGAACUCAGUUUUUACUGGUGAAGGAGUAGGGAUGAAUCCUUCAACAAAACACGUGGCUUGCUUGUCCUGGAAGAAGAUCUUGAAGAUGAGUCAAUGGACUGCACUACUCCCAGAGUUGCAAGAAAGUGGCCAUACUAUGGUGUUCUAAUGAUGUCUGAAUGGUUGCUGCAAGUCCCUGCAGAUUUGGAUAGCAAGUGGUUUGUUGUACCUUGUCCUGUGGGCAAACGAACUCUGGUAGUUUCAUCUAGGCGAGGGACAAGAGCCUAUGACAAGAGGGGCUUACCGACUGCAUCGUUCCAAUCUGUGUUACCAGCAGGCACAAUGUUGGACUGUGUGUGGUGCAGGGAGCAACGUAAAUAUUUUGUGCUGGAUGUUCUUAUGUGGAACAGGAAAACAUUACUUGAUUGUGAGACAGAGUUCCGCAGCUAUUGGAUGGAAACAAAGUUCCAACAAGAAAAUUCUGAGGCAACUGAAAAAUCUGCAGAGAACCCAUUUCCUUUCUUGCCUCUGCCUUACAGGCGUUGCACUAUGGAUGCAGUUGGAGAUAUUUUGAGUGGUGUAGAACUGCCUGGUGGUUCCUUAGAUGGUCUCCUGUUUUAUCACAGUGAAAGUCACUAUACUGCAGGUUCAACACCACUUGUUGGUUGGCUAAAGCCCCACAUGAUACCUGAAGUCUUGGGUGUGGAUGUUCACCCACGAUACCUUGAGGAACGUCCUUCUGACUAUGAGAGUGUGGCUGUUUAUGUACAAAAGUCAGCAAUAGCUAAACGAAACAAGCAGCGGCAGCAUCAAAGGCGCCGUAAUAGGAGCAGAAACAAAAUUGUAAAUAUGGAGACAGAAUGCUUAAGUGAUGGCUCACCCACGACUGCUGCACAUGAUGUAAAAGAACCAGAUGCAGCUGAGUUUGAAUGUGAUAUUUCUAAUGAAUUAUCUGUGAUUGAUAUCAGUAUUGAAGAUGUAUCUUCUGAUUCACCUCAAUCUUGAGUUCAUGUUUUUGUAUGUUGUAAGCUGAGUAAAGAGUGCUUAUUUAUUUCUA